AUGGCGUCUCUCUGUGUUCAGCCAGUCACGCUAAAUGAUAUACCAACUCUGACUCAGCUUUGGUACAGGGCCUUCAGCAUCCCAAUCAACUUGCGCAUGUUCCCCAAUACCCCAGGAGUUCGAGUCUGGUGGGAUGAGACCAACCGCCGCGACCUUCUCCACAAUCCGCUUCGAAAGUUAUUCAAAGUCGUUGACCCUGCGAGGCCUGAGUUUGUGAUUGCUUACGCAAAAUGGGAUCUGGACCCGUCGGAAAGUGGCGAGCGAUUUCUGCCCUGGCAUGAGGAGUCUGAUCGCGAGACAUGCGAACGCCUGUUCGAUGGCUUAGAUGAAGAACGGCGGCACUUUCUCGGGGAUCGUAAACAUUAUUAUUUGGAUACGUUGUUAACGCACCCGGAGUAUCGUCGCCAGGGUGCUGCGUCGUUGUUGAUACAGUGGGGAUGCGAUCUUGCAGAUCAGAAUGGAGUAGCGGCAUAUUUGGAUGCUCAUGUGGAUGCUGCGCCCUUGUAUCGGAAAUUUGGAUUCAAAGAUCGCGAUGAUAUAGGAGUUACUUCUGACGGGGCGCUUCCAAUGAUCAGAGAGCCUCAGAAAAGAGAUUAA